UUUCUAUUAAAAGGCUAAGUUGCAAGUUUUCGUGGCGAGCCCCAAGCCUCAGCCUCGUACCGCCAGAGUCUAUCUGAGAUCCUCUCAGCGCCCAAACACACCACAUCUCCACGCCGCAUCACACACCUAGCCCAAACCCCGCAACAAUGGUCAUUGUCACAAUCAACAACUACGACGCGCCCGCGCAACCACACCACCCCUUCUCCCGCCAAUGCCCCAACUUUCGCCUCCCCUGGUCCACCAUGGCCUCCUCGUACGACCUCACUAUCCCCUCCCGCAGCGAAAAAGCGCGCCGCCUCUCCUUCAUCCUCGUCCAAGCGCUGAAAGCCGCCUACCUUGUCUUUACCUCCAGUUUGCCCACGUCUCCCCUCGACAUGCCCUAUCUGCUCGCCAGCAUCCUAUUUUUCUUCUUCGUGGCGUGGAAUCUGCACCUGAUUGUGAGCAUGAAAGGCGAGAGGGUGCUAUUUGGGAGGAGCUUUGGGCGGAAGUGGUUCGAUGGGUUUUUGAUGGGGUGUGUGGGUGCUUAUGCGUGCGUGUUGGUGGGGAGGGUGGUGGAAAUACAACACCCAAUACCUGAUCCACCGGACACCUCUCAAGUUACCCCAGGAGUGCCUCUAGCACCCAAUACUCCACUUGUUGCACCCACCCACAUGCUCAUCCUCCGGAUUCGGCAGCUUAUACAACUCCCCAUUCUCACACUGCUCCAGCACGCUCGCAAGCUCAGAGUGGCUCCCAAUCCACGCAAGUUGCUUUUCAUCAAAGGACUCGCAUCUCCUCUUCACCACGCCACCCUCCGUGUAGUCUUGGGGGGCGUAGUGGGACGCGCCGUAGUACACUGCCAUGGAGGCAGUGGGUUUGCUGGGCGCGUUGAGCGCCGGCGUAGGUUUCGGCUCCGCUUCUUUCUCCACGCCAAAGAUGUGCGCGUUGAAGAGUGUUGUGGGCUUGACGCCGGUGGAAGUGACUGCGUCUUUGGAGGCGAUUGCCUCGUUUGCUUCCGUCAAGGCGGUAUCUUCCGCUUGAAACGGGGUCGGCGUGGUGAGGACGGAGUCGGCGGAUGCUGUAGAUGUGAAGAUGUUUGUGUCGAAGAGUGUGGUAAAUUUGGUCGCGUUGGAGGUGGUGGGGUUGGAGCGGAAGAUGGGCAAGGCGAAGGUAAAAGUUCCCAUGAGGAGGGCGAGGGUUACGGAGAUGGUCGUCAUUUCCAAGAUUUCAGAGAGUUUAUGUGUUAA